AUGGAUAGGAUAAGUCUGUUGCCUGAUGAGCUGCUCUUGAGAAUACUGUCGCUACUGCCUACUACGAAAGAUGUUGUGGCCACUAUGGUUUUGUCUCAACGAUGGCUGCCUCUUUGGAAGUUAACGCCAAAACUUGUCUACGACGAUAGCUAUCAAAACAUUGAGUAUGGAAAGUUUUCUCGCUUUGUGGACAGGUCUUUGAUUCUUCACGAGGCACCAGUAGACACUUUGCAUUUCAAACUUGUUCAAAACUCUAGUGCUGCUGAUAUUGGUAUAUGGACUGCAAUUGCGUUUAAACGCUGCUUGCGUGAACUGAAUAUCGAAUUUUCUCCCAGUACAAAUCCAGUCACGCUUCCAAGGAGCUUAUACACAAGGUGUACAACCCUUGUGACCUUGAAACUAAAGAGUGUGACUCUUGUGGAUGUUUCUUCCUUGCCUUCUUUCCCGACCCUCAAAACGUUGUGGCUUGUAGCGGUCAAGUACCCUGGUGAUGAGUUUGUCAAGAGGCUUUUAUCCAAUUGUCAUGUUCUUCAAGAUCUGUUAGUUGCACUAUUUCCCAGUGACAAUGUCACCGUUUUUACGGUUAGAGUGUCUUCUCUGAAGACUCUCAAGUUAGGUAGAAAGUCACGCAAAGUGAAAGAUGGUUUCGUGAUAGAUGCUCCUCUUCUAGAGAACUUUGAUAUUUAUGAUAUUAUGGGUGGGUUUUGUGUCAUUGAGAAUGAUAUGCCUAAAAUUGUCAAGGCCAGUUUUUAUGUCACUUACAGUCAGCCGGGGAAGAUUAUGAGUUGUAUUACUUCAGUCAAGUGUCUCACUUUAUGUUUAUCAACUUCAAAGGAGGUGUAUCCUGUUGGUACUGUCUUCCAAAAUCUUGUACAUUUAAGGGUAUGCACAUGUGAGACAGAGUGGGUGAAUCUACUUCUGUCUAUGCUCAGAGGUUGCCCUAAUUUACAAUCUCUAAAACUCUUUCAGUGCCGUAAACUUCCGGCUCCCAAGCCACGUCCUUGUUUGAAGGGAUCAACCUUGGUCCCUGGGUGUUUGUCAUCGAGUCUUAAGGCUCUGAGAUGGGUAGACUAUGAAGGAAGAGAAGAAGAGAAACAAGUGGCAGAUUUGAUCUUAAGAACCGGAAGCUGUUUAAAGAAGGUAACCAUCUUCUCCAAAGCUACAGACCCCAACAGGGAAACUUGA